AUGUCUUCGCACAGCAGCCAACAGCAACAUUUGAUUCCCAGCAGUCACAAAGCGACCGACCAUGUUUCGUAUCUCAACAAACUGAACGAAGUUCUUCUUGCAAUCAAUGAGCUGGAAGGUCAUCUCAUUGAUGAGAGAAACGAUGAAAUAAAGGCUAGAUACAAGUCACGCAUUGAAAACCUGAAAAAAGGCGUUUUAUUGGAGAAAAGAGGUUUAGAAAACAGAGUUUUACCCACUGACGCUGCAAUGAAAUCAUUGGAACAGGGAAUCGAACUAAUCUUUAGAGAAUACGAGAACGACUCGGGCUACUAUCGGGAGCUCAUGCGUACCAAGGCACAGCAGAAAAGGUUAAAACAAGAAGCCAUGGAAGCCAAACGGCUCAAUAGGCGAUCUAACAGCUCCAUUGGUGCCAUGUUUGCGAGCACGAGCUCAGAAUCGCUCUACUUACCGCCUGGACGAAAGAUGUCUCCAGAAGAAUUUAGGUACCCACAGAACUACUUCCACGCUCAGACUGGAACUUCAGGGUCGUCCGCCACACAACCAUCCCAUCCCCGAAACAAGACAUUUUUAGAGGUACAAGAGUAUCCGUCGAACUCUGACCCAGCUCGUUCUGUUUCCCAUCAAGGGACUCAGAAAUCUGGAGCUGGUAAAGCAUUCGAGGAGCAAAGCACCUCCGCUCCUCAUGUGUCGGUUGAGUUAGCUAACAACUACCCAGGCCCAUAUGUAAGGCCCGGGGACGAUGGAACUUCUUACACUGCAUCUUCUCUCGUAGACGCGCAUGUUCAGGCUCAUCAACAACAAGUGAAUGGCUUUAACUUAGCGAGGAAUAUUGAUGCUUCUCGAGGUCAUCGUGGCGGGGAAGUCUGA